AUGGGACGUUCCGUAAGGUCCUGCCCCAGGUGGUGGUCAAAGACGGCGACCAGGGACAAUGAUGACUUCCAGUGGGCGGAGGUGGCCCCGGCCACGGACGAAGAAUUGCAACGCGCAGGUCGUGACACCCAGGGCGUCAAAAUGUCCCUCGAUCCACCGCAUCCUUGUCCUCCCGUGACCCUUCCUCCCAACGCGACGCGCGACACGCCGCCGCACUUGCUCCUUCCUGCGCCGUCAAACAUCGAAAGUCAGGCCGGCUCUCAACCUGUGGCAGAGAGCGAGGCGGCCCGUCUCGCGGAGUCUUUACGGGAGUUCAAUACAACCGUGAAGGUGAUGACUUCCGCCGUUACGACCAUGACCUCUACCAUGGGCACAAACAUGGACGGCUUGAAGACCAGCUUGGCGACGACCAUGGCUCAGGAGUUCAGCAAACUUCGUCAGUUGCCCUUUCCUCCCGCGUCCACGGAGAUGGACGACACGGUGAAGCAACAGACGGCCAAGGGUGCUCAGGACACGGAUGGGCUUUUGCACCCGCAGGGACUUCCUACGUCUGGCGUCGGUCAUAAGGACUCGAUGGUGGUCGACGUCGAGCAUGACAAGGCGCAUGACGUCAAGAUGACAGACAGCCCGUUACCCAGCAAGCUCUCGACCGACGACGAUCAGUCUGCGAAUGUCAAAAUGAUUCCCAAGCUCUCGGAUGCCGUCGUGAUCAUUGAUGGCGAGAAGGUCACCCUGAAGCCGAUAGAGCAGCUGUUGUACAGGAUGUCGAAGAUGGAGAUCGCGUUGGACAGGAAAGACGAGCGUACGAACAACGAGUUCAAAACCCUGCUCCAGGACCUUGUCAGAGAUCACGGCACCAUCUUGGACACGCACGCAAAAAAGCAGGAAGACGCGCUCCAAUCGUACAAGGAAAAGCAAGACAGGGCGUUCGACGACUUCCGUGUCACUCAGACGGCGGUCGCGGCCAAGGUGAACAAGCAUACGACGGAUAUUGCGAAGAACGCGAGUGAUAUCGCGGCUUUGCAACAACAGUUGCGGAGGUUCGAGGCAGAUAGGGAAGAGAAGGAAAGGCGGAGGAGGGAGAUGCGCGAGAAGAAGAAGACUGCCGCAGCGGUUGGCGUCGACCAAGUCGCAGCAUCUCCGCUCGCAGUUGGGGCCCCGGGCGGUGAUGGACGGGGCGGUCUGCCGUUGACGGAUCAGGCGCAGGCCCCUGCGAUACCCGCUGAGGAUUCGGCGGCACGCUCAUCGACGGCGGGCCGCUCCGCGUCGCCUUCCGGACUGGUGCCGCAGACGCCCUCAAGUGCUUCGCAGGUCCCGCCGGACAGGGACCUGAUGGAACUCGAUGACGCUGUUGCUUCGCCGUCCCUCACUCAAGGUCUCCCGGACCCAGCGGCUCUUAACAGUGCCACGCCCGCAGGUUCAGCAGGCGCACCGAGCGAUGAUCGCCGUGACACGCGCAAGUCCGGUCUCUUCUCCGGCACGUCCGCGAAUUCCACACCGCCUAUCGAUCCUGUUGGACCGUCAGGGCUUUCCGCUGUAUCGGAAGCAUCACUCGGUGUACCGCAGAAGGCGGUCGAUGCAGCUGUUGGGACCGACGAUGCGAAGAGCCUCGAACAGCGUCUAGCUGAGGGUGACGAGCCGAUCGCACCCGAAUGUUACAUCCCGCAGUACCAGCCGCCGCUUCGCUAUGAGAGGUCUCGCUCGCCGGCCCUGCCAGUGACCGACGACGUUGCGGAUGCAGCGGACGCUCCACCAGUCGACAAAGCCGUAUCUGACCUUGACCUGGAGGAUGGUGAACUGCCAGAGGAUGAUCCUUUGAACGAGCUCGUCCAACUGCCCCCUGUCACGACGAGGUCGACCAAACGGAAAGCGCCUGCGUCCCAGAUCACUGACGACGGACCACCGCCAGGGAAACGUAGCCGUCGGACGUUACAUGGGUAG